UCCCACCGCCGGGACAUGGCCACGGAGCCCCCGCGGCCGGCCGGGCUCCCCGAGGGCGGGCGCGGGCGCUGCGCGGGCGGCGGGCGCGGCGAGGCGGAGGCGGAGGAGGCCGCGGCCCAGCCGGUGCUCGGCGCCUCCCCGGGCCCCGGCGCGGCGGGGGGCGGCCGGCGGCGGGCGCUGAACGGCUGCGUGCCGCUAUCGCACCAGGUGGCCGGGCACAUGUACGGCAAGGAUAAAGGCGGCAUACUGCAGCAUCCAGAUGGGACUGUCCUGAAGCAGCUGCAGCCACCACCUCGUGGUCCCAGGGAGCAGGAGUUCUACAAUAAGGUUUAUGACCCCGACUGUUGUGACAGCAUUCUUCUGGAGCUGCGGAAAUAUCUGCCAAAAUACUUCGGUGUCUGGUCACCACCUACUGCACCAAAUGAUACGUAUCUAAAACUGGAAGAUGUGACCCGCAAGUUUAACAAGCCUUGCAUAAUGGAUGUAAAAAUAGGUCAGAAAAGUUAUGAUCCGUAUGCUUCAGUGGAGAAGAUACAGCAGCAGGUCAGCAAGUAUCCGCUGAUGGAAGAGAUUGGAUUUUUGGUGCUCGGCAUGAGGGUGUACCACGUGUCUUCAGACAGCUACGAGACACAAAACCAACACUAUGGAAGGAACUUGACCAAGGAAACAGUAAAGGAUGGCAUCUCCAGGUUUUUCCACAGUGGGUACUGCCUGAGGAAAGAUGUGGUAGCUGCCAGCAUUCAGAAGAUUGAGAAGAUUUUGGAGUGGUUUGAGGGCCAGACGCAGCUCAACUUUUACGCAAGCUCGUUGCUUUUUGUCUACGAGGGUUCGUGUCAGGCGACAACCGUGCGGCUGAACGAUGUCACCUUGGUGGAGAAGAGAGGGGUGCCCAAAGGCGUGCUGUCGGGUGGAGACGUACUGGAGUGUAACAACAACAUUCACGUCAUAAAUUCUACGGAGAAUGGAAAAAUUGAAGCCUCUGUAAGUAAAGGCUUGUCCAAGUUUUACGCACUUCACAAAAAGUCGUGCUCGAAGAGGCACCACGGUCAGCUCUCGCUGCAAGUUGAAAACUUGGAGCGAGGCAGCGUGUGGAAAAGCAGCACGUGCAUUGCCCAGGAGCACCUGAAUGGAAACGUUCUACCCCAACUGGAAAAAGUUUUCUAUCACAUGCCAGCAGAGACCAAGGAGAGCGCAAACGUUGAAGUCCGGAUGAUCGAUUUUGCUCACGUGUUUCCCAGCAACGCAAAGGAUGAGGGCUACAUUUAUGGCCUGAAAAAUCUAAUCACAGUACUUCAAAAUAUUUUGGAUAACUAAAUUCUUUGCUAUGUUUUUUUUUUAUUGGGGCCAAUGGUAAAGAGCAACAACGUGAAGAAUUUCUGCACUUGUAAUGCUGUAUUACUGGGUUUGUAUUGUUCUAUAUUUUAUUUGUCUUUGUACUUUUGGUAGAAGGGUUUAACUUUUUAUAUUUCACUCAGGAAAAUAAUUGAUAGCUAAUUAGGGAGUGUGAAAGGAUGAAGAUACUUGAGAUAUAAAGCAGGAUAGGUGAAUUAAUGGAAUGAAGUGUAUAUGGUUGUCUUAAAUCCGAGGACAACCAGAAGCAGGGGUUAUGUUAGUUCCUAUAAUGACUUUAGCAUAGAUGACAUUUGCCCACUCAGCCUUGACACUGAGCCUCAUCUCCAUUAACAAGUGUUUAGAAAAUAGACUGAAAGCUGUAAGGUGCAGGAUGGAUGUCCUCAGCACUGCCUUUGUGUUUACUUGUAUUUGAAUAACUGGAGUAACCCUGCUUGGAGAGGAAUCCCAUGCUGAGUCAGCAGUUUGAUGCCUGAAGCAUCAAAAAAAGUGUCACGGGCAGAUAGUGCUGUUCGUUCAGCUCUGAGUGGGGGCCCUUCCCCCUUUGUGGGUGUUUGUAGCCAGUGUUCCCCACGGAUGAUCAACCACGUAAUUUGUGUUGAGGUGCUAAGAAAAUGCUGGAGUAAAAUACCUUAAACAGGCUUAAACUGCACAACUUCUAGAGAAACUGUUAGUUCCUAAGAGAGCAAAGGUAUGCAAAUGCAAAAUAUUCCAGGAAGUAAUUUUGUUUUAGGAGAUUAAGCCAAUCAGUUCAUGGAGUGUCUGAUGCUGUGAUUAAGGGAAAUGCCUCCUCACGCCACUGUUCUCACGUCCCUUCUCCAAAAACAUCGCUGUAAGAGGCAAACGAACGGAACAGAGCGUUUUGAGUAAGCCUCUUGCCUUCUUCCAACAAGCAUUUGCCACCUCUGCUGCCGGGGAGCACCGACUGGAGCCGUGAGCAGCACGGGAGAAGGACUCACCUGUGGAGAUGGUUCGGCCCCGGAGCCACCGGCUGUGCCACCGCUCAUGCUGGUAGAGCUGUGGCUCUCCCACCCCGGGCUACAGCAGCCACUGGCUUCUUUGAAUGACACACGGGAGAGCUGUGUCGUUUUGAGAGCUGUCCCGUUCCUUUCCUUUCCUUGGGGGAAAAAAAAAAUCAAGCUGUUUUAUGGAAUCCUCGCGAUCGGAUUGCGCUGCGUACGCGGCUGUGCCCGCCACGCGCGGGCAGGGAGCUCUUUGGAAAGUGGGGACGGCCGAGCCUUGCCCGUCCGCAGAGCGGGAUUUUAAUGCUUCAAAAGCAAGCCCCGGGACCGAAACGUUUUGGAAUUGUGUGUCUUUUCCAUGUGGACUUGACCUCGCUGCUCUCUCUGCACAGCGUUCUGCACUGUGCACGCGUCUUGGCAGGUUCUUCAUCUGACACCCCUUUUCUGUGUUAGAAAGGAAUUCAUACUUUUUCGAGCAAAGUAGGCUGUUUUUAAAUAAAGCUGAAGUUUUUAAUUGAGAACGUGGGGGUUGGCUGGAAGGAACAGGGUGUCGCUGUGUGGUAGAACUGCAUUGUUUGAACUUCGGAGCUCCCCUUGGCCAGAGCAUUCAGGAAUUAAACCAACUGUUGGUAACAGUGUCUGUGAAGUGUGGGAAAAGGGGCUUGCAGAGGAAGGGGGGGUGGGCAGUAUAAUUUUGUUGACAAUUUCACGUGAAUUACAGUGAAGGCUGAGGGGAAAGUACCAGAAAGAAAGGGACUUCUUUUUUUUUUUUUUUUCCCCUACCUGUUAUUUCUCUUGCACCAUAUAGUUAAUAUAUUCCCCAAUCUCUGUGAAUUAAUUUAAGCCAUAUUCUAGAAAGAGUUUGUGGUUUUCUUUGCUUUGAUGCUGGUUUCUCUGUUAUGAUUUCGUUGUUCUAUCCCAUAACACUAGAGUAGUCCAGGCUUAAGUGGCCUUGUAUGAUGAAUUUACAAGGUUUUAUAGAAAAUACGGGCAACAUCAUCAUUUUUGUCCUCUGUAAUUCAUCUCUUCCGGAUUUUAAUCCAUUUUGUGCCAGAGAAAAUCAUACAUUUGCCUCAAAGAAGUCAGUUAUUGGAAAAUUAUCUGUAUGCUCUUGGUACCACGAACCGUCCUGUUUCUGCUUUAGGAUAAACUUCCUCAGUGUUUGAAUGCUCUUUAAGUAUUGAUUGUUUCGUUGGCUAUGGCAGUGUUUGUAAUGCACCUGGAAUAUUGUCAACCUGUCAGAAUAUUUUGAAUAAAAAAAUUAAUUUUAUCAUGUUGUUUUUUUUUUUGUACCAGUAGUUAUUAUGGAUGUAUUUCUGUUAAUUUAAAAACGUAGCUUGAGAGACAAUAGUGUUUUUUGUUGGAAGUUCUGUAAAUAAAGCUUGCUGUAGAGGUGUUUGAGCGUA